AUGCCGCGCAUCAUCUCCGCCGACGAAUUGACCGGACUGAUCGCGAAAGGCGGCGUGGUGCUGCUGGACGCGUCGUGGGUGAUGUGCCCGAAGGGGGAUGCGGCCGAAUGGCACAAGAAGUACGACGGCCACCCCGAUGCCCUCGUGAAUGACAAGCUAUACGGCCUGGCCCCGCUGGUGCUCAACGGCGGGCUGACGGCGUGGAAGGGCGACGUCGAAUCGGCGAAAUGGACGGCGCCCCCGCCCGGCAACAUCGCCAUCAACACGUUCCAACCCGAGGGCCGGCUUGCCACGUUUGAUGAGCUCUACAAGGGCCACGACCAGGGCAACAGCACUUUCGACAAUUUGGACAAGAUCAACUACCUGGAUUGCCGGCCGAAAGAGAUGUUUGACGAGGGCAAGGGCGCAAUCCUGGGAACGAAAUCCACCGGCUACCAUCUGAAGGGGGCCUCGCAUUUUGGGAACGGGCGCAUAUGUGGAGAUCAAGGGCUCGUCGACGACCAGCAGAUUAAGCAAGUGACCAACGGGCUGAAGCCGGGCGUGGAGACGGUGACGGCGUGCAACACCGGGCUCGGCGCCUCGUUGGCCUGGCUGGCCCUUCGACAUGUCGGCAUCCCGGCAAAGAUGUUUAAUGGCAGCAUGACGGAGAUUGCGGCCCGCGACUCUUCGCUCAUCAACGAGAAA